AACUAGGUCCGUUUAUGUGGUCGGGUUAGGUUUAAGAAUUGAGAUCACUCACUCAUCAUUUCGCAUAAGAUUCCCCCAAAACCUAGGGUUUCGAUGGCAGGAGGUCAUGGUUACGGUAAUGGAACCUACAAAGGCGUUCAUUUGCAUCAGCCGAAGCGUUGGCAUACCGUCACCGGCAAGGGCAUGUGCGCCAUGAUGUGGUUUUGGAUUCUAUAUCGGGCUAAGCAAGACGGCCCUGUAGUUCUGGGAUGGCGGCAUCCUUGGGAAGGGCAUGGACAUGGAGACGAACAUUAGGUGCCAAGAUGAUCAAAAGAGACCAUAAAACCAUCUCAUGUUUUGUUUAGUGAUUGCGUAUUUGAUUCCGUUCAACACAAUUUAUGUUUAUGAGAUACCAUGCUUGUGUUUGUUAAAUAAAAUGAUGACUAUGGAACUUGUGAACCAAUUAUGUGAUUCUUUUCUUGUCGACUUUCACAGCA